AUGCCGUCGCCGCAAGACUGUGAGGGGCAGACAGCCAAGGACUCGGGAGGAGACGAAGCGUUACGCGAACUUGGUUACGCGAACUUGGUGGGUGACAUGGGGCAGACAGCCAGGCGUCAGCUGGGAGACGGGCAGGUGGAGAAGAAGCAGGAGAAGCUGAGUGUGGUCUGCCUGGAGGACCUGGAGGUGGAGGAGACGAAGCGGGUAAUUCGGUCCUGCUGUCACUGCUUCUGCGAGGACUGUGUCAUGAAGCUCCUGCAACUUUCUUCCGGCGGAGACGCUGUCUGUCCCCUAUGCCGCGGCAAGUUUUCAAAGGGCGACGUGUUCUCGGUAGAGCAAACGCGGGAGGCUCAACAGAGCCUUGCUCGCAACGCAUCCGGCGAGGACGAGGACGGGGAGAGGCAGACGGAUCGGGUGCAAGCGGAAGAGGAGGAGCGGGAAGAGGAGGAGCAGAGGCUGAACCCCAAGAUUGAAGCGCUUCUCGUCGAUGAGCAGGAGGCUCAGCAGGCAGACAAGACAGUCAAGUCGGUCGUGUCUUCCAGCUUCCUCUCAUGUUUGGAUGAGAUAGAAAGUGCCAUGAUCGCUGCUGGCAUCCCCGUCUUUCGCAUCGAUGACACGACGAGCAUCCUUCAGCGCCGGCGGCUGAUACAAGACUUGCACUCUCAUCCUCAAGGCGCCCUGCUCCUCCCCAGCUCCAAGGUCACAACCCUUCCCACCUCCUAA